AUGGUCGUGCAGACUCCUCUACGGGCAGAUCUUUUCAAUGCUCCAGCCAUUCCCACAACCGAGACGUUGCCCGACGGCUCUGUUGGAUUAUGGCAACCGACUGUGGUGACCCUUAUCUCGGGCCAGUCUGAGGCUGUACUUGUGGACACUCUGUUUACCUCCGAUCAAGGCGUGGCCCUAGCGGACUGGAUCGACGAGUCCCUCGGUGGUAAGCGUCUUGCCACAAUUUAUAUCACUCACGGCCACGGAGAUCAUUGGUUCAACCUCUAUUACCUCACUCAACGCUUUCCAGGCGUCGAAGUGGUGUCGACGCAAAGCUCGAUUGACCACAUGUCCACACAGCUGACAGCGGCGUUUGUUGGCUUCUGGAAUGAUCUAUUCCCCGGGCAGAUCGACAAGGACUCGUUUCAAAUUCUGGCCAAGCCUCUGAAGGACAACAAGUUUACUCUGGAGGGCCACACCUUUCAGGCUAUUGAUGUUGGCCACUCGGACACCGAUGAGACGACGUUUCUACACGUGCCCUCGCUGGACAUGGUAGUCGCCGGAGACAUCGUGUACAACGAUGUGCAUAUGUGGAUGACAGAAUCUCCACAGGAGUCUCAGCGGGAGGCUUGGCUUGAAUCGCUUGCUGUGCUCGAAAAGUAUGAUCCGGCUAUUGUCGUUGCUUCCCAUCACAGACCUGGAGCGGUGGACGGAGCUUUCAACAUUGCUGCCUCGAAACAGUACAUCAGGACUUUCAACCGCCUCGUGCAGGAGUCGUCGAGUGCCAAGGAACUCUAUGACAAGGUAUUGGGUGCGUACCCGAAUCGGAUUGGGAAAUUGGUGCUCUGGUUGGGAUGUAAAGCUGUGUUUGCAUCGAGUAUUGGUGUUUAA